CACUGAACAGGAAGAAGUGUUUGCUCGGGGAUGCUGGCAAGACAGAGAGACGGAGUGAAGAAGAAAGGACAUUGCCUGGGCAGAAGGAGCAUACUCUCAGGAGAAGGGCCUCUGCCCACUACACCAAGCACAAGGCCACUGGGAAUAUCACCACCUGAAACGCAGCCCAGCCUUCUAGGGAGAGAGCAGGCUUCCUCAUCUCCUUCAUCAUGAACUGGCACAUGAUAAUCUCUGGGCUUAUCGUAGUGGUGAUUAAAAUUGUUGGAAUGACCUUAUUUCUGCAUUAUUUCCCACAAACUUUUGGCAGCAGUAAUGCCAGCUUCAUUCCCACAGAGAGCUACGGAACAGUCUGCCCCAGAGGGUGGGAUUUUCAUCAAGGAAGAUGUUUCUUCUUGUCCACCUCUGAGUCGUCUUGGAACAAAAGCAGGGACUUUUGCGAAGGAAAAGGAUCAACUCUGGCCAUUGUCAACACGCCAGAGAAACUGAAUUUUCUCCAGAAGAUAACUGGUGCUGAGAAGUAUUUUAUUGGCUUACUAUACCAGCACGCAGAGAAAAGGUGGCAUUGGAUCAACAACUCUGUGUUCAACGGCAAUGUUACCAAUCAGUAUCAGGAUUUCAACUGUGUGACCAUAGGCCUGACAAAGACAUAUGAUGCUGCGUCAUGUGACAUCAACUACCACUGGAUCUGCGAGAAGAAUGCCAAAUGAAUGCAGCCCUCUGUGGCCUCUGAUGAAAACAACUAAUAUACGUAUGGAGACAGCAAAGGAGAAUAUUUAUAACUGGAAUGGGUCCAGGAAACACAGAAUAUCAAAUUACUGUGUCAGUCUUCCACAGGUUACUGGCAGAGCUCCCUAAUGAAUCCUCAGGGCUAAUGCACUGGCCUCUCCACAAAUAUACUUGCAUACACACAGCGGAGCAAAUUCCCCAUUCUCAGCCAGCAAUUCCCCAAGACCCCAUUUCCUGCGAGAGUCACAUAUAUGACUCUUUUUGGAUCCACACAGGUCUUCUAGUCAGUGAUCCCUUUAUCCAUCUGCCUACUAGGAGAGGUCCUUGCCUGUUUAGGGAAAUGAGUCUGUGUUCUGCUUUGGGGGACUAGACCCCCGCCAUCUCCAAGAGACAGGGUUAGUUUUAUGGAGACAACUCAGCUGGUGUCAUGAUGGGCCUGUUUCUAUAGAAUUGAGCAUUUCUGACUGAUCAACAGGGUUUAGCUUUUUGCCAGGGUCUGUUUUAACCUCAUACUACUAUACUACCAGGGAGAAACUGCAGACUGAGCAGGUGUGAACACUAGUUAGAGAGUAGCAAGGGUGGAAGAU